GCAGCAGCAGCAGGGCGGCGGCGGAUCGGCCAUGCGGUGGCCCCGCGGCCCCCGCGGCGCCUGGCGGCUGCUGCCCCGGCGCUCGCUGCUGGCCGUGCUCUUCCUCUUCUCGCUCUCCUCCUCCUUCCUAUACUUCAUCUAUGUGGCGCCGGGCAUCGUGAACACCUACCUCUUCAUGAUGCAAGCCCAAGGCAUCAUGAUCCGUGAGAACAUGCGAACAAUAGGAGCUCAGGUGUACGAGCAGGUGGUCCGCAGUGCCUAUGCCAAGAGGAACAGCAGCGUGAAUGACUCAGAUUAUCCUCUUGAUCUGAACCACAAUGACACCUUUCUGCAAGCCACAACGUUUCUUCCUGAAGACUUUACCUACUUCCCCAACCACACCUGUCCUGAGAGGCUCCCUUCUAUGAAGGGCCCCGUCGAUGUAAAUAUGAGCGAGAUCACGAUGGAGGACAUCCACCAGUUCUUCUCAAGAGACUCUUCAAUUAAACUGGGAGGCCACUGGAAGCCGAGCGACUGCCUGCCUCGCUGGAAGGUGGCCAUCCUGAUCCCCUUCCGCAACAGAUACGAGCAUCUUCCCGUCCUCUUCAGACACCUCAUUCCCAUGCUGCAGAGGCAACGUUUACAGUUCGCCUUUUACGUGGUAGAACAAGCUGGAAACCAACCCUUCAACCGUGCCAUGCUCUUCAAUGUUGGCUUUCGGGAAGCAAUGAAGGACUUGGACUGGGACUGUCUCAUCUUCCACGAUGUGGACCACAUACCAGAAAAUGACCGUAACUAUUAUGGGUGUGGACAGAUGCCAAGGCACUUUGCAGCCAAGCUGGAUAAGUACAUGUAUCUGCUUCCAUACAACGAGUUCUUUGGUGGGGUGAGUGGCCUGACUGUCGAGCAGUUUCAGAAGAUCAACGGUUUCCCUAAUGCCUUCUGGGGCUGGGGUGGUGAAGACGAUGACCUCUGGAACAGGGUGCAGUAUGCAGGCUACUCAGUGACUCGACCAGAAGGAGACACAGGGAAAUACAAAUCAAUUCCCCACCAUCAUCGGGGAGAAGUGCAGUUCCUAGGAAGGUACGCCUUGCUGAGGAAGUCAAAAGAAAGGCAAGCCCUGGACGGCCUCAAUAACUUGAACUACUUUCCAAACGUCACGUAUGACGCCUUGUAUAAGAACAUCACUGUUAACCUGACACCAGAGCUGGCUCUGGUGACCGAAUAUUAAGAGGAGAAAAUAACUUUGCUCUGCCCUUCACCAUGAAAGCACCACACUAGACUUUCUUUUUCCAAGGGUUAUUGGGACAAGCGACACUUUGUCUAAUGAAGGAUCACAGUAUUUUGGAGAAUAAGGCUGAAAGUGCACGCACAAAUUGCCCCAGCUGUACCAAUCCAGCCCGAUGCUCGUGCAGCGCUCUCAACAGUCUCUUUCUUUUCUUUGCCACUUGCUUUCUGGGUUUCAGGGCAACAGAUCAGCCUGCUGCUCUCAUCUCCACAUCCUUCCUCCAGCAAUCUCCAGCACCGGGACUCACCUCAGACCCGCUUGCUCCUUCAGGAGGUGGCUCAGCUGAGGGACUCUGGCUUCUGGAUGGCAAACAUCAGGAGCAGUUCAGCCAGCCACUCUCCUGGGGGGGACAUCAAACGACUUCUGAUCCCGUUCUUCUACAUCUCUGCAGUUUUUUAAAUUACCUGCUUGAAGUAUAUACAACAGAAUCGCUUCUUAAAGAAGUGUAAGUGUAAAUAUGCUGUGUAAAUCGCCCCUUUUUAUUUUUCUCCUAUGGCUCAAAUCCAAGCUAGAGGUUUACAUACGGUCACUCAUUUUAGUCCUGAAUUCUGUGAACACUUGUGUGUGCACCACUGUACUUGUGCAAGGUGUUCCCUUUUAAGCCAGUGGGACUGCUUGCGUGAUUUAAGCUGUGCAUAUUCAGAAAUGUUUGUGGGACAGGGCCCUGGACUUUCCAGGGUGGUGGUUGAGAAUUGCAGCCGUGUCAUUGCUUAUUCCAGAAAUCAUGCAGCUGGCUUUUUCUAGGGUGAGUGAGGAAACAGGGAUGUUUGUAGGAAAAACUCCCCUUUCUGUCACUUUCACGACAUGAGGUGCAAAUGAGUCCAAAAGCUAUACUGGCUAAAAUGACUCACCUGUUGCUGUAUAUCCCAGUGAUGGCAAGUGCAAGCUUGCUAGGUUGCUCAAGAGCUCUCAUCCAUGCUGCUGUGGGAUGGGGCAGCUGGCACUUGGCAGCACUUGCACAAGCACAGCUGGUGGGGCAGGUGGGUUAACGAGUGGGAGAAAUGAGGGACGUGUGAAUCAAGCUCAUGAAAACAUGAGGACCAGGCACCUGAGAGCUUGGUUUGAUGCCCCAUCCGACCUGGACUGUCCCUGCUCCCUUCUCCUGUCUGCCAUCCCCUCCUUCCCACGGCUGCUGUGGGCAGGCUGGGCUCUGGGCUCCCCCCUGCUGGCACUCGAUCCAGCCCUCGCAGCACCCACACCCGCACGUGUGCUGGACCUCUCUGACUUAAAAGUAAAUACGUUGGGGGUUGCUUUAAAAUUUCUAUUUAUACAUAACAACGGUAGGUACUUAACCCCCAAAGUACUCCAAUUUUCUUCUUAUUGUGUUGUUUGCCUUCGGUUUCCUUAAGUUCUCAUGGUUUACAUUGUUUCCUCAGUUCCAUGGAGGUAUGAUCCCCAGACGCAUCUGUUGUGGGUGUGACUGCCCAGGGCAUUCCUAACCUGUAUCCAGAAAAUGUUAGUUUAGGAAACACGAGUUCUUGUUGUGUAGAUCUUAUCAGCUGGUAUGAGAGGACAGCGAGCCUGCCCUUGAAAAGCGCUGAUAAGUUUGUACCUUAGGUUUAAAGUCUUUGAACUUACACAGGGAUCCAACCUGGUUAUUUAUAGGCAGAGGUGAGGAUUUGCUUUUGAUGGUGCAUACAGCAAUAAAGACUUCUUGCUUCUGAAUCUCCAUCUCUAAUUCACAUGGACCCUUUUCAGAUGCUGAACCCUCGUCGCCCUGCCCCUCUUUUCUUUCAUCUUGAGACCUUGCUAGAAAUCUGUAUUUGUUUAAUGGUGCUUCAAACAAGGAAUGUAUUUCAACUAGUCCCAAGUUCACCACCCCAGGAAUCAUGCAUGUGUGUGUGAGUAGGUGUUAAACUACCCUAGUCAGGCUUCUCUGCCUUCGAUAUGUCCCUGACACCCAUUGCACCUUGUGUGGAACAAAGAGCCGUUACCUCUGCUCAAAAAUGCACUCUAUGGUUGGCACAAAAGGGUCCAUCACCCCCCCACCCCAGCAGCAUCCAUCUUCACAGUUCCUUUGUUCUAAUCACGUUGAAUUUUAUUAAUUUUUUUUUUCCCCUUUUAAAAAUGUGGAAUAUCUGAAAAUGUGCACUGUUAAUCUUUAUCAGCUAUGUCAAAUACUGUAUAGUAAAUGUAACUGUUAAAAACAUACUGUCAAGCGCAUGUGCUGUUAUGGUGUAAACACUCGUAUUAAGGAGAACUUGUACAUAUUCUGGCAGCUGAAACUCAACCAGGCCACUCGUUUGCCCCUUCCAUGUCAACGCCGUUGGUCAGCUCCACCACAGGGCAGGUCCUGUUCAAUGCUGAUUUAUUGUUGGGUUAGUUGUUUGUUUUGUUAUUUUUUUUUUAAUGAGCCAUGUGGGUUUUAUUUGCAAGACUAUUUAUUGACAGUUGUUUCUCCGUAAAGCUCUGCUCCUCUAAGGGAGGUACCGUCUGGGCAACGUGCUUCAGGUCGCUCACCAUCAGAAGUGGCUUUAAACUCUUAAAGUAGCUUUCCAUCAUCAUGGCUUUUGAGCUUACUGUUAUGUUUUUAAGAGGUGCCAGGGGGACGUUUUUGCACUGAAGACUAGUGUUUUAAAACACACACACACUUCUCAGCAAAGCAAUCCUUUGUGUCAUUACAUUUAUUUACCCAUGUGUUUGUACAUUUUUGUAUUUGUUAAUUUAUGAAUGAUUUUUUCAGUAAAAAAUACAUAUUCAAGAACAAA